AUGCCUGCGCUCCAAAGAAUUGGAAACGACCAAAUCUUCGAGGCGCUUCAGGGCAAGCCUCUCUCCUUCAAGAACAAUCUUCUCCACCUAUGGUACGAGGACUUGGAGGCGGCACGGGGGCUGCUGGAGCUAGAUGCGGACUUGGACUCCAGAGCAAGCUUAUCCGAGCUCAGAGGAAUGGCCGAAGCCGCGCGAGUGAUCCAACAAUUGAGCCUAGCUGGUCCACUGAGUUUCAAACCAUCAUCAUCCCUUCAGGUUUUGAGCUCGGCCGCGGCUGCCAUGGUGCCUCUAGAGGCUUAUCCCGCGCCCCAUUCCGAGAGCCCUGUCUACGCCUGUCCCGAAGUCCAGUCCAAGGCCGAUCAGGCGGCUCAGACUGUCGAACCGAAACCGAACGCCCGAACCGCGCGACCGUUCCACCCGAUGAGCAUCUCUGGAGUACUGAAUCCGAGCACGUCCGCCGCACCUUAUGGCUCGACUCCUAGAGAUACCGUCAAAGCGCAAUCAGAAAUCCAGCCGGCGGCCGAACCGGGAGCCUUACCGACGCCUCAGGCAGUCAAACCAAAACGGAAGGCCAGCUCUCCAAUCCCGGCAAUUCGGCGUUCCAAACGCCUCCAGUCGUUGUCUGCCAUGGCGACGGAGGAACCACACAGCAACAAAGUCACCAUUCGGUUUCCCGGUCUAUCGUGCAUGUUUCGACCUCCUGGACGGACUAACCGCUCCGGCCGCAAUCAAACAGCAGAUCACGACGUCUUCGAAGGGUUGCCAAUACGCCAAUGGCGACAAGUCGAGACAGUAGUGGGCUCCACUCCGGAGGCCGAGCCUGUCAAGGGCAAAGACGCGUGGCCUGAGCCUCCGAUGCCGCGAGAUUCGCAUCUGUUGCCUGAGGUCAGCCAGCAGCUUCUGCGCGCUGCACGUGCGGGUCGACUAUACAAACCUGCCGAAUCAGCUAACGAUGAAGACAAAGAGAACGCAGACGAAGAGAAAGAAACCAAGGAGACGCAGAAAGGCUUUGCAGCCAGGAAGUGGACGCAGGUGCCGCGCCACCUUGAAGAACCAGAACGCGAAUACCUCGCCAAGAGAAGAAAGGGGCUCCCUUCAGCCUAUGCAAGCUUGAGCGGACUGAUCGGUCCGCUUGCCCCGACCAGUGAGAUGCGCAAGACCAAAGUCAAGAAAACAGACGCCGCAGGCAACGUUCACAUUUACGAAGUCCUCGUCGAACCGGGCAAGACGCUCGAGAACGAGGUCGUCGAAACCGAGCCCGCAGCUGCCCAGCCGGCCGAAAUGGCUGUACCAGGCACAGUCGUUGAAGGUGUCGGUAUAGUUAAUGCUGAUGGAUUGGUUGUCGCGAGUGAUAUCAUCCAGCCCACGCCGCCAAGACGUAGACCACCGCCGCCGAGAAGAAAGCCCAAGAAGGGUCCAGGCCGGGGGAGAAAGAGGGUCGUGUUUGAGCCAGGUACUGAAGGUGCAAGAGGCAGUCUGGGAAGCAAUCAAGUCACAUCGGCGGGUCCCCAAGCCGCAACUACCGCUAGAGAGAGCACUUCCGGUGUCCCGUCAACAGGCAGCGAUACACCCAUGGCAGAUGCAGGCAACGAAGAAGUCUCCGGAGAAGACGGUGACUCAAGCGACGAGAGUGAAGAUGACAACGACCGCGAAGAGGGAGAGCUCUCAGACGACGCGCCACCGUCUCCCGCAAGGCAGCCGACAAAGGCUCCCACGCCGCCGCCCGCACAGCAACCUGCCCCAGCUGGGGUAUCCAGCCCGUUGACCCCUGUGCAACUCACUACGCGAUCGUCUGACUCCGCCACACCGGCGAUAAUCGUAGACCACCAUGUCGACAGGGAACCGUCCAGUUCUCCGGACUUGCCGCUCGCUGCAGUGAGUCACAGUCGCCAGGGGUCGCUGACUCGUCCCCCAGGAACUGGUGCAAGUCCACCGAAGGAAAAGGAUGACGAUGCGACGUUCUCGGAUGGAGAAGUGGACUUGUUUGGGAGCCUGGAGAGGCAUUUGGAGAAGGAGAGUCAGAGCGCGAAGGAUGCUUAA